AGGCGCAGUGGCGCAUCGGGCACGGCGCGCAGGCGCGGGCCGGCAAUGGCGGAGGAUGCGGCGGUGCGGGCGCAGGCCGAGGUGGUGCGGCGCCUCAAGCACGAUAAGGCCGAUGCCGACGAGAUUGCAAAGGAGGUGGCAAAGCUGCUGGAGAUGAAGGCCCAGCUGGGAGGAGAUGAAGGGAAGCACAAGUUUGUACUCAAGACCCCAAAGGGCACACGGGACUACAGCCCCAAGCAAAUGGCCAUUCGUGAGAGGGUCUUCAAUGCAAUCAUCUCCUGCUUCAAGCGCCAUGGAGCAGAAGUCAUUGAUACACCAGUGUUUGAGCUGAAGGAGACAUUGACAGGGAAAUACGGUGAAGACUCGAAGCUCAUCUAUGAUCUGAAAGAUCAAGGAGGAGAGCUGCUGUCCCUGCGCUACGACCUGACAGUGCCCUUCGCUCGCUAUCUGGCCAUGAACAAGAUCACCAACAUCAAGCGCUAUCACAUCGCCAAGGUCUACAGGAGGGACAACCCAGCCAUGACCAGGGGCCGCUACCGGGAGUUCUACCAGUGUGACUUUGACAUCGCUGGGCAGUUUGACCCCAUGAUUCCUGAUGCCGAGUGCCUGAAGAUCGUGCACGAGAUCCUGAGUGACCUGCAGCUCGGAGACUUCCUCGUCAAGGUCAAUGAUCGGCGCAUCCUUGAUGGGAUGUUUGCAGUUUGUGGUGUCCCGGACAGCAAGUUCCGAACGAUCUGCUCCAGUGUGGACAAACUGGACAAGGUGCCAUGGGAAGAAGUGAGGAGCGAGAUGGUGGGGGAGAAGGGGCUCUCCCCCGAGGCUGCGGAUCACAUCGGGGAGUACGUCCAGCUUCACGGUGGCCUGGAGCUGAUCGAGCGGCUGCUCCAGGACCCAAAGCUGUCCCAGAACAAGCUGGCCAAGGAGGGGCUGGGGGACAUGAAGCUGCUCUUUGAGUACCUGACCCUGUUUGGCAUCACAGAAAAGAUCUCCUUUGACCUGAGCCUGGCGCGGGGCCUGGACUAUUACACAGGGGUGAUCUUCGAGGCUGUGCUGCUGCAGCAGGAGAAUGAGCACGUGGAGGAGCCCGUGAGCGUCGGGAGCGUGGCUGGAGGCGGCCGCUACGAUGGGCUGGUGGGGAUGUUUGAUCCCAAGGGACGGAAGGUGCCCUGCGUGGGGGUCAGCAUUGGGAUAGAGCGGAUCUUCUCCAUUCUGGAGCAGAGAGUGGAGGCCUCUGAGGAGAAGAUCAGGACAACAGAGACACAGGUGCUGGUGGCCUCUGCCCAAAAGAAGCUCCUGGAAGAGCGGCUGAAGCUCAUUGCUGAGCUGUGGGAUGCUGGAAUCAAGGCAGAAGUGCUCUACAAGAAGAACCCCAAGCUGCUGAACCAGCUGCAGUACUGUGAGGACACCGGCAUCCCUCUUGUUGCCAUUGUGGGCGAGCAGGAGCUCAAGGAUGGAGUCGUCAAGCUGCGGAUGGUGGCAACCAGGGAGGAGGUCAACGUUCGCCGGGAGAGCCUGGUAGAAGAGAUCAGGAUGCGAACGAGCUGCCCCUAAACCCCUUCUGGAUGUGUCUGCUCGUUUGUUGGAUUCUGGCUGACAGAUUUCCUCCUGUAAAUACCUUCACUAGCCCACGGAGCAACAGGGGCAGGGGGGCCUUUGGACACUAUUUAUUCUUGUCUCAUGCCCUCCCUUUCCCAUUGGGAGCAGAGAGGCCGUACUGACUACUAUGACAUGCCCUGGCCCUUGGGUAUGUUGCUGGAUGUUUUUGAGUAGCUCUGGCAAAUGCUGUGGUGGCUGUGGAGUCCCGUGGUGACACGUGGAGCCCUGUGCUGUCAGCAGACCCCAGGGGCUUGGCUGCAGCUUCUUGUUCCUGUCACUUUGAAUCAACAUCCUGCCCCGUCCCUCUGCUCUGGCUGCAGGGAGGUGACCUUAUCUCGAGCAACAUGUAAAGGCACUGCUUCCAGAAAUAAUAAACCUGUCUCUCCCA